AUGAGGUAUGUGGUUGCCGGAGGUGGCGUUGCCGGCGUCUCCUGCGUCCGGGCGCUACGCCAAUACCUAGACGAGGAACACGAGGUAAUUCUGAUCACCGCCGGGCCCCACGUCAAGAGCGUUCAUAACUGGUUUCGUGUCGGCCAAUUCACCGAGUUGUUCGACGUGAAGGAGGUCGGGUUGUCGUUCGUUGGCGAGCCGAUCAGCGUCGUUGAGGGAGCCGUGAUCGCGUGGAGCUAUGAAAACAAGGACCUAGAACUGGGCGACGGCUCCCAUGUGCCAUUCGACUAUUUGGUAAUUGCGACGGGCGCCCGGCCAAAGAAUCCCUACCCAGAAGUCGGCCGGAUACUGACGAUACGGGACACGGAAACGGCCCGCCAACUCGAGCAGCGGCUGGCCGGCGCGAAACGAGUGGCCGUGGUUGGCAAUGGGGGAAUUGCCACGGAAAUUAUUUUCGAGCUCCGCGACGUCGACAUCACGUGGUGUAUACGCGACGCGCACAUCUCGGCAGCGUACUUUGACGCAGAAACGGCGGCGUUUCUGUAUGGACGUGCGGAGAAAGGUCGAGAAGCCGGUGACAAGAAUGAUGAGCCUGUUCGUCGCCCGAAAUUCUGCGAUUCCGAGGCGGGUUCUUCAACGUCGUCGAGCGCACCGGGUUGCGCGCUUGGGCCCGAUUGGAGCACGGUGGUGCAGCUGAAGGGUGCGGCGGCGGGCCACAACAUCCGUGUGGUGCCCAGCGUCGAGGUGGAGGCAGUAGAGGAGAAGGCCGACUCCCUGGUUUUGAGGCUAUCAAACGGUGAGGCGAUAGAGGUCGACAUGGCGAUAUGGGCGACGGGGGUCACGCCGAACAGCGAGCUAUGGAGACAUCCUGGGUUGAAACUGGCUGAGGAUGGCGGGAUCCUGGUGGACGAGACGAUGGCCACUUCCCUACCCGGCAUCUGGGCAUGCGGCGAUGUUUGUACGGCCGGCUGGGUGCCGAGCCGCCAUUGGAGUCAGAUUCGCACGUGGACGCAAGCGCGUCAAAUGGGCGACUGCGCAGGUCAAUCCUGCUCCGGGGCCACCGACCUCGGCGGCUUCUGCUUCGAGCUGUUUGCGCAUUGCACGACGUUUUACGGGUAUAAGAUUGUCCUGCUCGGCGACUUCCAGGCCAAGAAUCAGCCGCCCGGAUGGUACAUUAAUGAAAGAAUCAUCACGGACGGCCAAUUGGUGCGCUGCGUAAUGCACGACCACCGGAUGCAGGGAGCGGUGCUGAUCGGGGAGACCGAGCUCGAGGAGGUGUUCGAGAACCUCAUCCUCAACCAGACGGACAUGGAGGACAUCGAGGACGACUUCCUUGAGCCGGCCAUCGACUUGGAGGACUAUUUCGAC